AUGGUCAAGGAUACCAAGUACUACGAGUGCCUAGGGGUUGCGCCCGAUGCGUCCGAGGCUCAGCUCAAGACUGCCUACAAGAAGGGUGCCCUCAAGUUUCACCCUGACAAGAACACCAACAACCCCGAGGCCGCAGAGAAGUUCAAGGAGCUGUCACACGCCUACGAGAUUCUUUCCGACCCUAGCAAGCGUCAGAUCUACGACCAAUAUGGUGAAGAGGGUCUCGAGGGUGGCGGUGCUGGCGGUGGCAUGAACGCCGAGGAUCUCUUCUCCCAGUUCUUUGGCGGCGGCGGUGCCUUCGGAGGGAUGUUCGGCGGUGGCAUGCGCGAUACCGGCCCCAAGAAGGCCCGCACUAUCCACCAUGUGCACAAGGUCAACCUGGAGGACAUCUACCGUGGCAAGGUGUCAAAGUUGGCGUUGCAGAAGUCAGUCAUCUGUCCCGGCUGUGAUGGCCGCGGCGGCAAGGACGGUGCGGUGAAGGAGUGCACAGGCUGCAACGGUAGCGGUAUGAAGACCAUGAUGCGCCAGAUGGGUCCCAUGAUUCAGCGCUUCCAGACCGUCUGCCCUGACUGCAAUGGCGAGGGCGAGAUCAUCCGUGAGAAGGACCGCUGCAAGCGCUGCAACGGCAAGAAGACCACCGUCGAGCGUAAGGUCCUGCACGUCCACGUCGACAAGGGUGUGCGUGACGGCCACAAGAUUGAGUUCCGUGGUGAGGGUGACCAGAUGCCUGGUGUCAUGCCCGGUGAUGUGGUCUUCGAGAUCGAGCAGAAGCCCCCCCCCCGUUUCCAGCGCAAGAACGACGACCUGUUCUACCAGGCCGAGAUUGACCUGCUCACUGCCCUCGGUGGUGGUACCGUCCACGUUGAGCACCUGGAUGACCGGUGGUUGACCGUCAACAUCGCCCCCGGCGAAGUUAUUGUUCCUGAUGCCAUCAAGGUCAUCCAUGGCCAGGGUAUGCCCUCCUUCCGUCACCAUGACCACGGCAACUUGUACAUCAAGUUCGACGUCAAGUUCCCCGAGAAGGACCAGCUCCAGAACCUGGAGCUUCUCGAGCAGGUUCUCCCGCCGCGUCUGCAGCAGAACCAGCCCCCGGCCGAUGCCAUGGUCGAGGACUUCGAGUUGGAGGACAUUGACACUAGCGAGAACUCGCAAGCCCGUGCUCACGGUGCCGGCGGCUCUGCUAUGGAUGAGGAUGACGAUGAUGUGCCUCCUGGUGCCGAGCGUGUGCAGUGCGCCUCGCAGUAA